CUGGUCCUUCGUCUUUUGUCCAUUGCACGCGUCCCGCCCUCCCCGUUUGCUUCCCCACUCCUUGGAUCCAGCCCUGUGGGCAUUAACGUCAGUUCUCUCGCCCCGCCGAGAGCCCCUCCCAGUCCCCGGGCGGGCCUGGCACGGAGGCGGUAACUAUGGAGAACAUGGCGGAGGAGGAGCUGCUACCCCUGCAGGAGGAGGCGGCCCAGGUCCGGGUCCCGACCCCGGCCCCGGACUCGGCUCGGGUCCCAGCUCCCGCCCCAGAUUCGACUCCGACUUCGGCCUCGGCUUCAGCCCCAGCCCUUGCCCUGGCCCAGGCACCGGCCCUGUCCCCGUCCCUAGCCUCUGCCCCUGAGGAGGCUGAAAGCAACAGUCUAGUUAGUCCUUCCAAGCCAGUCAUAACUAGGCAAGAUGAAGAUGGUGUUUCUGAAAUAGAAUUGAAAAUUGAGGAAAAAGUAACAGAAGAAGUUGUUCAAGAACAUCCUAGCAACUUGGACUCAUCUGAUUUAACAAGAGAGAGACACAUCUCAAUUCAAAGGCAGCUUGGUGAUCUGGAGAAGUUAGCUUUUGUAACUGAAGGGGAUUUUGAUUCUGCCAAUUCAUUGAACUCAGAUAAUCUUGAUGCAGGAAACAAACAAGCUUGUCCAUUGUGCCCUAAGGAAAAAUUCAGAGCUUGUAAUAGUCAUAAGCUUCGUCGUCAUCUUCAGAAUUUACACUGGAAAGUCUCAGUUGAAUUUGAAGGUUACAGGAUGUGCAUCUGUCAUUUACCUUGUCGACCAGUAAAACCAAAUGUUAUUGGAGAGCAGAUAUCCAGUAAAAUGGGAGCCCAUUAUCAUUGUAUCAUUUGUUCAGCAACAAUCACCAGAAGGACUGAUAUGCUAGGACAUGUUAGGCGCCACGUGAAUAAAGGAGAGACUAAAUCCAGGUAUACUGCUGCUUCUGCUAAACCAACUACUGAAAUUUUGAAAGAAGCAGACACAGAUGUACAAGUUUGUCCUAACUAUUCUAUACCUCAGAAAACAGAUUCCUAUUUUAAUCCCAAAAUGAAACUAAACCGUCAGCUGAUAUUCUGUACAUUGGCUGCUUUGGCUGAGGAACGAAAACCUUUGGAAUGUCUAGAUGCCUUUGGAGCCACUGGAAUAAUGGGAUUACAAUGGGCAAAGCACCUUGGAAAUGCAGUCAAAGUUACAAUUAAUGACUUGAAUGAAAACUCUGUGACACUGAUUCAGGAAAACUGCCAUUUAAACAAAUUGAAAGUGGUGGUGGACAAUAAGGAAAAGAAAGAGGGUGAUGAUAUUCUUGAAGAAGGAGAAGAAAAUCUUGGUAAUAUUAAGGUGACCAAAAUGGAUGCUAAUGUACUGAUGCAUUUGAGAUCUUUUGAUUUCAUACACCUAGACCCUUUUGGAACAUCAGUAAACUAUCUAGAUUCUGCAUUCAGAAAUAUAAGAAACCUUGGCAUAGUAUCAGUGACUUCUACAGAUAUCAGUUCCUUGUAUGCCAAGGCACAACACGUUGCCCGGCGUCACUAUGGAUGUAACAUUGUUCGAACUGAGUAUUACAAGGAAUUAGCAGCCAGAAUUGUCGUAGCUGCAGUGGCGAGAGCUGCAGCCCGAUGCAACAAAGGCAUAGAAGUACUAUUUGCAGUGGCUCUGGAGCACUUUGUUUUGGUGGUGGUGAGAGUUGUGAGGGGGCCUACCUCAGCAGAUGAAACAGCCAAGAAGAUUCAGUACCUGAUCCAUUGUCAGUGGUGUGAAGAAAGAAUUUUUCAGAAGGAUGGUAAUAUGGUAGAAGAAAACCCAUAUAGACAGCUGCCCUGUAACUGUCAUGGAAGCAUGCCUGGAAAGACAGCAAUAGAACUUGGACCUCUGUGGUCAAGUUCCCUUUUCAAUACUGGAUUCCUCAAAAGGAUGUUAUUUGAAUCUCUUCACCAUGGUUUGGAAGAUAUUCAAACCCUAAUAAAGACGUUAAUCUUUGAAUCAGAAUGUACUCCUCAAAGCCAGUUUUCAGUUCAUGCAUCUUCAAAUCCUAACAAGCAAGAAGAAAAUGGUGUAUUUAUUAAAACUACAGAUGAUACCCCAACAGAUUACAUUGCACAAGGAAAGAGAAGAAGUAAUGAGAUGAUUACAAACUUAGCCAAGAAGCAGAAGACUGAUGUCAGUACUGAACAUCCUCCCUUUUAUUAUAACAUCCACAGACACAGCAUUAAAGGAAUGAACAUGCCAAAGUUAAAGAAGUUUUUGUGCUAUCUUUCUCAAGCAGGCUUUCGAGUAAGCCGAACUCACUUUGACCCAAUGGGUGUUCGUACAGAUGCACCUCUGAUGCAGUUUAAAUCUACUUUAAAGUAUAGCACCCCCACUUACACUGGAGGACAGUCAGAAGGCAAUGUCCAAUCAGCACCCGAAGAUACAGUAGCUGAUAGGGUUGAAAUGUCAGUGAAUGACAAAGCAGAAGCAAGUGGCUGCAGAAGAUGGUAAACAUAGAGUUUAUUCUCAGGUAUAGGUGAUCUAACAGUUCUCUAUACCUUCUGCAGUUUUUUCCUAUUCUUUCAAUUCAGUGGUGUAAAAAUUAAAAACAGUGCUGCUUUCAUUCAGAAAAUAAGCAGUUUCUAACUUAGCUGGUUUGGGAGCCUUGCUUUUCAAGUUUUUCUUAUUUUAAAGAAAACUUAAAAUUUUAAUGGAAACAUUUUAUAUAAAGCCAAGUUUCUGACUGAGGGAUCACCCUACUGUUUAAUAAUUUAGAAAAGUUUACAUACCUACAUACCCAGUAUUUGGAAUUUAUGUACAUUGUGGAAGCUAUCUUUUACUUUUUUUUUUUUUUUUUUUUUUUUUGCAGUGCUGGGGCUCAAACCCAGGGCCCCAAACAAACACUCUUCUACUGAGCAACACCAUAGCUCCUUCUUUUCUUUUUUUUUCCCAGAAACAGGGUCUUGCUAUGUUACCCAGUCUGGCUGUGGACCCCUGGGCUCAAGUGAUCAGUCUCCUGAGUAACUGGGACUGCAGAUGGGCAUCACCAUGCCUGGCCUGUCCUUUACUAUUCUUAAUCACAUCUCUAAACUGAUUCGUCAUGUUUAUGUUUUUGUACAUGUAGUAUACAAAAUGAAGCUGAAGACUUUUACAUAUUAAGACAAUCCUAAAUAAAACAGGAGGCACUCAUGUAUUUCAUGAAGUCAAAACUAAAAUAUUUUCCAAUUUUUAAGAAAUCAUACUUCUCUGCACACUGAUCUUUUAAUUUAUUACUAACUUCAGAGAAAUUAAAUACUGAGAAAGAAAUACUUUUUUUUUUUUUUUUACAAUAUUUAAUCUAGAUGACUCAACUUCAGAGAAAGUUUUUUUGUCAGUUGAAACCAUUCUAACAAUAAUUUUUCAUAAGUACCGAAAUCUUAAUGAGGAGACUUUGUUAUAAACUAAACAGGUUGGGUGAUCUCAAGUGCCUCCAUUAAUGCAUGUAUACCAUUCAUUCACUUAGUUGUACUACCAGUCAGAAGUAAAACUUUUUUUAGUUUUGGUGUUGGCUUUUUCAAAGGCACAUUUGUGUGUUCAUAUUUCAUAGAAGUAGCCAAGAUUAACAAAACUAUAAAAAUUAGUUGGAAAAAAAUAUUUGUUUCCAUCAAUAUUCUUACUUAAUUUGAAUAUGAGAUUUUAAAUGAGCUGGGUGCAGAGGCACAUGCUUGUAAAUCCGAGCGAUUUGGGAUGCUGCAGCAGGAGGAUUGCAAGGCCAACCUCAGCAACUUAGCGAGAACCUGUCUCAAGGUAAAAAAAUAGAAAGGACUGGGGAUAUAGCUCAGUGGUAAAGCACCCCUGGGUUCAAUCCAGAGUACCAAAAAAAAAAUUUUUUUUUUUUUUUUUUACAUGAAGAGUUUGGUAUAAAGUUUAAGUUUUUGUUUCAAGGAUUUAAUAUUUACCCAUAAGUAUUUCUCAAGGGAAAGAACUGUUUACAAUCAUUAAUAUGGAGGUGGUGGUACAGUUACAACUGAAAGAUUUUAAAAUACUACAUUUAAAAAAAAGCUCUCCCAUGACAUACAUAAAAUCUGAGUGAUGGUGGGGGCAGUGUCAUCAAUGAAAUAAAGGAAAAUCUGUUUGUGUUUUACAACAUAUUUCCAAGAGAAUGUCUUUUUUCCUUUCUCCAGUUAAUGUAAUCAUACAGUUCAGUACAACAAAAAAAAAUAGGUGAAAUGCAAGUUAGUUUUUAUAGUGACUAUUAAAAAAAACACUGGAUAAUUUUUGCCACUUAAAAUUGUAACUUACAAAUGAACACAAUAAGAGGUGUUAUUAGUUCUUUUUUGUUUGCAUAAUUAUAAAGAAAAUUACUGUGCAGUGGCUCACGUCUGUAAUCCCAGCAGCUCGGGAGGCAGGAGCAUGACAAAUUUGAGAUCCUAGCUAUUUAGCGAGGCUCUGUCUCAAAAGGACUGGGAAUGUAGCUCAGUGGUAAAAGUAUCCCUAGGUUCAAUCCCCAGAAAAAGAACAGAAAGAAAGAAAACCAGCAUUUGGAUUAUCUGAUUUACUACAUGUUAAACUGAAUAUCUGUCUCAGAUUUUGCUAAAUGUCUCAGGAUGACAUAAUGAUCAAUGCCAAGUUGGAUUUUAUGCAAGGAACUUUAUAUGAUGUAGAAAUAUGGAACUUAGUAUUAUCUAAAAUAUAUGUAGUAUAUUAAUUUCACAAAUAAUGCACAUUUACCCCCCCCCAAAAAAAAGUUUAAUAGGAAGUAGUUUGAAAUUGUGAUAAGGUACUAUAUCAACCUGAAAUGGAAAUAUUUUAAAGAUUCCAUCAAGUUCUAACAUUAGCAACCUUGUUCCCUUAACAACAGUAGUAAUUUGGGACACUGCCAUUGUGGACAACAUUGUAAAGUGACAUCAAUUGUAUCCCCUCGUUAAAAUUUAAGGAAAGAGGACUGGGUUGUAGUUCAGUGAUAGAGUACUUAUCUAGCACUUGUGAAGCCCUGGGUUUAAUUCACAGCACUGGAAAAAAAAAAAAAUUAAGAAACUGUUGUAGGAAACUAGUGUGUUGACUGUUAGUUGCUUAUCUUGGUACUCAGGAAAUGGGAGAAGUAACAAAAGGAAGGCUUGGAGUUCACUAUGGUGAACUUGUCAAAACUCCUUUUACCAUACUGACUUCCAGUAGACUCUACUGUGAAUAGAUUGUAUGGUGUUCUGGUGCAAAAAAAUUAGAAUUAACUCAAGAUCAGUUCAGUAAUCCAAGAAGGUCUAGGAAUUUCUGCAUUGCAUAAUUGCUCUGGUAAAUGACCACAAGGUUACUUUGGAGAAGAUUAAAAGAUAAAUACAUAAUACAUACUUGUGAUGUUAUUCAGGGUCCUUUCAGGGAUCCAGGAAUGUGAAUCAAAUCAGAUCUGGGCUUUGGACAAGUAUUGGAGUGGCUCACAUCAGACCUGUAGUUUUUAGUUACAUAAAUCAAAUAGGACCAUGGAGUCUAUUUAUUUUGAUUCUGUAGUUCAGUUGAUCAACUAUCCUAGGCCAAACUUUCUGUUAGACUCUACUGAUUGUCCUGUGAGUCCUGCUGCCUAUUAGAGUAACCAUGCCCACCUUCCUAGACUAGCAAUUAAGUGAACUAUGGUCAUGUGCCACAUAAUGAUGUUUCAGUCAACAACAGACUGUGUGUGCAAUGGUGGUUCCAUAACAUAAUGGAAUGGAGCUCUUGCCUAGUGAUACCAUAGCUAGUGUACCACAGCACAGUACAUACAUGUGUCUGGUGAUGCUGGUGUAAAGUAACCUGUGCUGCCAGUCAUAUAAAAAUAGAGUACAUACAGUUGUGUACAGUAUAUAGUACUUGAUAAUGAUCAUCAAUGACUGUGUUACUGGCUUAUGUAUUUAUUGUACUAUUAAUCAUUGUUUUAGAGUAUACUCCUACUUAUUAAAAAAAAUUUACCGGAAAACAGAAUGCCAUGUUACGCCAGCAGCAGCUUCAUAUACUUUGUGUUUACCGAGCUUCUUGAUUGCAUCAAGAAGCUACUUCAAAUGAUUGACUUGUACCAUCUCAGUUUGUGUAAGUACAC